UGGAUUUUUGACAGCUACAACGGACUUGUUUCUUCCAAAUGCAGGCAAUCUAAGCCCUGAUUCUAAAACCCCGUACCUCCUAGGACCCCUGGAUACAUCGUUUCAUUUUGAUACGACUUAUGUAAUUGCCCGUCGGGGACUCGCCAUGCUAGAAACGCGGUAAUUAUUCAAUCAACCCGACAGCAGCCAUUCCGUUACUUAAUAAAGACUCUGCAGCCAUGCAUCCCUAGACGACGCGAUACACGUAAUAUUACCCGUUAUCAAUGAAAUGAGUAUACUUGAAAAGUCCAGGGUCAUAUGUGUCAGAUUGGCUGUACGAGGUAUACAGUAAGACUCUAUUUGCGACACAAAGUCUAGAAGGGGUCAGAAAUCUGAAGGCAUUCACACUUCUCGAGCUAUAUACAAUUUACCUCUUUGUUAUCCUCUCUCUAGACCCCUGAUAGUAUGAAUCUCGAAUCUUUUUUGUUUUGUGUACGUUAUUCAUUGGAAAUUUGAGUCGAGCCGUGAAAUUCGAAUUCGACCCGACACCAAUGCAUUCAUCCUUCUUUUCCUAUCCAAUUUCGAGGCCAUAUCCUCAGCGCUGGUUUACGCCGGUAGCACUCGUUGUGAGCAUUGUAUUUGCUGGGCUCUUUUCUCUGGUGAACCUUGGAUCAAAUGGGUACUAUCCGCGAACCAUUUACACAACCGACCCCAAUACUACAAUAUCGACGAGGAGCGAUAAGUGGUUUUUUAAAGCCCCAUUCAAUUGGGAUUCCACAAUCAAUCCGAAGUGCGAGCCCCAAUUCAUCUCCGUGGGUGACACGUUCUUCAGCACAAACUUAGGACUCUCUUACCAGGUGGCUAGCUUCUCACAAUUGAAUGAAGAGAGUAAUACAACCAUCUCAUUACCCUCAGUUCUCUACUACAACAACACAUUAGAAGACUGCCAUACCUUAGCCGUUGAAAUUCAUCUGUUGAAAGAGGGCCAAGCCACACCGCCCUCAUGGUGGAUCUCAUGGAGAAAUUCAUAUGCCAAGGCCACAGCACAAUGCUCUAUUAUGUCUGAAUCUGGACCAUCAAACAUCACUUUACGAGUCACAUACUCUAGUUCUCAGACCCGUCCAUAUGAUGAUUCUAUAAUCUACGAGAACUUCAUUAGCGACAACAUCACCACGCAUGCCAGUAUGUGGUGGGGAAGUAGAUUGGUGGAAGCGGCAUUGUAUGGCGUGAUGACGACGAUGAGCCUCCUCCAGACCAGUGAUGACAAUGAGAUAGUCAGUGCCAACCUUGGUUACUACUGGGACGACUUGCGUUCACCAUUAAAAAGUAUUCGCGAUGGGGACUUAUUCGAUCUUACAUUCUCUUUCAUCGAUUCUGCAGCUCAUAUUACCAACAACUUCAAUGUGGGCUUUGAUAGCGACCAACUCUGGACUCUUCUGAACAAUGACACAAUUGUUUUCUCUUCAGUGUUGACUGAAGGCCUGUACUUCGCAAAGCUGAUCCAUUCAAUUUUCGCCGUCGAUUUAGCGAAUACACGCUUAUCUAGCUUUCUCCUAGACAACGAUAGCCUCAAGUAUGCAACAUCGGGGUCUGGCGAUAUGAACCGGCUACCCGGGGGUGUUCUCUACGAAGGAGCAUCUAAUCAUAUCCCAGGCGAUAUUCUCUUCGGGAGCAUACCUUAUCCCACCGACCGUAACAGAUCAAUUCUCAUCAACGAGAGUUACAGCACUAUUGCACCAGUAACAGGACCCCUUGAAACCAAAAACGCGACCAUCUUUACACAAUACAUCUGCUCUGUCCCUGAACAGAAGAGCGCAGGAGCGAUGCUACUCGCCAUCCUUGUUGCUGAUUUGGUAUUUUUACAGGCCACAUGGGUCGUAUUAAAUUGGAUUGCUCAGGCUAUAACGAAGAAACAAUACCCUACUGCCAUGGCCUGCGAAUAUUGUCUAUCCAGCAGUGAUUUAGCUUCCGUCAACGAAAAGAACAGGGGAAGAUGGGGACUGUAUAAGAGGGUAUGAGUGCACGAAUGACGUACCGCGAUACACUUUACUUUCUCGUGACACUGCCAGCCCUUACCGUGGUUCAAUCCACAUCAGUAUAUAUCGGAGUAAGCCCAAUACCAGUGGAAGCUCGUUCACCCGUUGCUCAAGAUCCUCAGCUCAACUCGUCAACAUCGAUAGGCAAGAUAGUACGGCCCACAGAAAGACCCCUCGCGACAGGUCCUCUAGGAACCUGGUCGCUCUAUUAAUGGGAUCGUGGGACCGAAGUAUCGCAUUCAAGGGCGUAACUGGUUAAGAGCAAUCCGUAUGCACUUGGCAGGGAGCAUACUGGGCAUUGAUCGGGUGGACAGGAGUUGGGGAGAAACCCGUGCAGCGCGAUAGUGAUGUGUAAUCACGAUGGGCCCCAUGGACGUCGGAUUGUGAUCAUUUGGCACAAAAUGGAUUUAGUACACAUUAGUCUUUUCACUUUCACACAGCUCUCGACGUGUAGUCUUCACGCCGAGGCGUGUCGCUCAGGCCACUAUUGUUCACAAUGAACUCAGCACACUUGUACAACUAGUCAUGGUAAUUACUCGGAGAGACUAAAUAAUCAUUGGUAGGGUAACAGAGAACAUGUAUUCGCAGC